CAAAACACCGUGGCGGGGAUCGGAGCGCCGAUGCGUGUCAAAAGGGGAACGUGGGAAAGGCGUGCACGGGGGAGGGAAAAAGAGGAGGAGGAGGAGGAGGACACGAGGUGUGGGAAUGCAACCUCUCCCCUCCACCCCUCCAGGGGAGGGGAAAGGGAGGGAAGGGGAGGGGAGGGGCAAGGCCGGAACGGAACGUGGGAAUGUGAAAGCGAAAUCGAUUUCGCGGCGAGCCGAAAGCGAGUCUUCCCUGCGGCCCAGCUCUGCACCCCGGACACCAUGGCCAAAUCCUGCACCGCCAACAUCCGUGUCGCCAAAGAGACGCGCGAGAAGAUGGCUCUCUUCAGAGAAUCGCUGUUGAAAGAGGGUGAAGAGUUUCUUUGCACAUUUUUACCUGCAAAGAUAUUUCAGUUGGAUAAGUUUCUUAAGGAAAAUUCACUGAACGUUCAAGAUCUGACCACUCUGAAAGCUCCUUUGGAUAUCCCUAUUCCAGACCCCCCUCCCAAAGAAGACGAGAUGGAUACAGAAAAAGAGGAAAAGGAAGCACCAAAAUGUGGUUUUCUCAAAGGCAACGAGGUUCUCAUUUCACUUCUGGAUCGCGUGAAACCUGAAGUUCGUGAGUUUAAAGAAAAAUGCAUUUUGGUCACCACCUGGAUCCAGUUCAUGAUCCCCAAAAUUGAGGACGGCAACGACUUCGGGGUUGCAGUUCAGGAGAAAGUGCUGGAACGCAUCACGGCGCUGAAGACCAAAGCUGAAGCUUUCCAAACCACCAUCGCCAAGUACUUUUUGGAGCGUGGCGAUGCAGUGGCCAAGGCUUCCAAAGAAACUCACGUGAUGGAUUACCGGUGUUUGGUUCACGAACGUGACGAAGCCAUUUACCGAGAAAUGCAGAUCAUGGUGCUUGAUAUCCGUGGAUUUUAUGCUGAGCUGUACCACAUCCUAAGCAAAAACCUGGAGAAAGUGACCAAUCCCAAGGGCGAAGAGAAGCCGUCCAUGUACUGACAGGAAAAAUGCAUUUAAGGGCAAACAGGCAAGGGCUGUUAUGCGGGUGAUGGUAUCCUUGUGCAGAUAACACAAUUGGCCAGAAUCUGUGACCGCCUGUCUUUUUGGAGGGUGUUGGGCCAACAUAAAAAUACAGGGUUAGAAAGAGACCUGAGAUAUUUAGAACCCAGGAAGGAGGGAGGUGGCUGGGAAAGAAGCAAAUAGUGUAACAAAAUAAAAUGUUUGAAUCAA